GGCCUCGCGGCUGAGGUGCGACCGCCAUGGCGGGCGGCGGAGGGCCUCGCCGGUGCCGGCGGCUGGAGGCCGAGGCGGCCCGGGCCGUGCUGGCCGCCACCGACACGCUGCUGUUCGACUGCGACGGGGUCCUAUGGAGGGGCGAGGCGGCGGUGAGCGGUGCGGCGGCGGCGCUGGGCCGGCUGGCGGCGGCCGGCAAGCGGCUCUGCUACGUGACCAACAACAGCAGCCGGACGCGUGCGGCCUACACCGAGAAGCUCCGGCGGUUGGGCUUCCCCCCCGCGGAGACACGGAACGUGUUCGGUUCGGCCUACUGCGCCGCCCGCUACCUGCGCCAGGCCCUGCCGCCCGGCGCCGCCGCCUACGUGCUGGGCAGCCCGGCGCUCGCUGCCGAGCUGGAGGCUGUCGGUAUCCCGCACCUCGGGCCCGGCCCCGCCGCCCUGCCCGGCCCGGCGCCCGCUGACUGGGCCCAGGCUCCGCUGGACCCUGCCGUGCGCGCUGUCCUCGUGGGCUUCGAUGAGCACUUCAGCUACGCCAAGCUGUGCCAGGCGCUGCGGUACCUGCUGCGCGGCGGCACCGACUGCCUCCUCGUCGGCACCAACCGGGACAACCGGCUCCCGCUCGAGGGCGGUGCUGCCAUACCCGGGACGGGCUGCCUGGUAAAAGCAGUGGAAACAGCAGCCCAGCGCGAGGCAUUCAUCGUGGGGAAGCCCAACCGGUACAUGUUCGAUUGUGUGGCGAGUGAGUUCAACAUCGACCCUGCUCGUACCAUCAUGGUGGGAGAUAGGCUUGACACAGACAUCCUCAUGGGCAACUCCUGCGGCCUCACCACCCUGCUCACGCUGACCGGGGUCAGCACGCUGGAUGAAGUGAGGGGCCACCAGGACAGCGACUGUCCGACCAGGCAGAGCCUGGUGCCCGAUUACUAUGUCGACAGCAUCUCCGACCUCCUGUCAGCACUGGGGGAGUAGGAGAGCAGAGUGCUUGCAGCCUCUGCACGUACCCUCUUAAUCACCCUGUGACAAUAACUAGCAUAUUACCCGGAGUUAGCAGCCCUUAGCAGCUUUUUAACCUUCGUGUCCUCCCGCUGUGAUUUUGUUUACAUCUCAGUCUUUAAAUGCACUUUGAAGCCAAAAGGGCAUUAGUGUCACCCAUGUUCUGAGGGCUUGGGGCUGUUUUCAAAUGAAUUCUAAGCAACAAUCUAUCCAAAUGUUUAUUGCUCAAUGUCACCUUGUCUUCUAGACUGAGUUGAGGGAAGUAGAGCUGGUUGAUCUGAGGAAAAGAACCCAACAUCUUGUGGUGUGUACUUACCUGGACACAUUGUAACUCAGUCUGGUUUAUUCAGGGAAACCUGGAAUGUUUAGUACCAGCUAUUUUGGGCAAUGCCUGCAGGCUUUGGCAGGUGGCAGGAUUAGUCUUUAGCAGUGGGUUGAGUUUUCUUCUUCCAGCCCAAUGCAGAUGUCACAGAAACUGAAACUCUUUGUUUAUGUGACCACUGCAGAUUGCACUAGUGCAGAUUAGGAUGAUUCCACUCUCACAAUACAAGCAGGGUCUUCGGUCUCACUGUGUUUAUCCAAGUGCUGGGUGUAUGUAUAAAGUACGUGUACAUACAGAGCUACCCCCAUCCUAAAUAUAUAUCACAAUAUAUUUAAAUUAUAAAUUUAAGUAUAGUAUAUGGUAAUAUAUCUUGUUUCCCAGAAGGGAGGAUGAGAAGAAUGUACUUCACUGAUCACAGUAGAUCCAAGCUUUUGCAUUUGGUAAUGCAGAAAGUCUGUACCCACAUAGGACUGUCCUUCACUACUGUUGCUUCCUUGAUAACUGGAUCCAUUAGUACCAAGUUAAUUCUUGUACUUCCCUCAGCAUCCAGAUAGCUCUUUCCUUGGCUUUAGCUGCAGCAUCAGAGGUGAUGCUCGGCAAACGGGAUGGAUCUACCACAGCUUUCCUCUCAAUCCCAAGGCUGUGUGUGAUGGUGGCAUGUGCUUCCUUCAGUACCUGAGGUUCAGCUCUUCCCUGUGGGCCUGGAGCCGGGUGCUUGGCUACAGAGCAGCACUUGCUGGCUCAGGUGAUGAUUCCAGUUUGAUCUUGAGCUGGGUUUGGGUGAUGCACAGCUCUGUCUGUGAUGGCUGGAUCCAAGGACACAGGUGAAAGCUUUUGCAUUACAGAAUUAAGUGACAAAUUAAAUAUGCAAGUAAGCUGCUUUUUUCCAUAGCUUCCACUGUUGGUAGCUGACUUUAAACUGCUUCCUUCCUUCACCUCCCACUGUGCAGCCAGGCAGCUCUGGCAGUGUGUUGGUGCCGUUUCCUUCCAGUCACAACGAGUCACUUGUUUGUAGAGCAAUAACCUUGCAGUUCCCGUUGUCUUUUGGUGUUAACCAGAGUAUUAGCUGAUCCUGUCCAAGGUGUUCCCUUGUGUCGGGAAGCACGGAUUGCCUCUUCCCUUCUCCUCCCUCCAGCUGGAAGCCUGUGGCUGUGUGAAGUCACAGAUAAACCCUUAGAGGUAGAACUCUGGGUUAAUGUGGACAUGGAUAUGAUGGAUUUCCUGCAGGGAGAGAGCCUGGCUUCAGGAUGAGUUCCUGUAUGUGGUGCUUGGAAUGUCAGAAGAUGACAAGUAAAGCAGCAAACACCAGGAGAGGCCUGGCCUGGCUGGAGCCAGCACUGUCCCCACACAAGGGACCUGUUACCUCGAGUUGUGUGUGCUGAAACGUGUGGGUGAAGGUGUCAGCCGUGCUUUGAAACUCUGUGCAACUUCCAAACGGUUUUUAAGCCUCUACUUGAAUUCACAUUAAACUUCAAAACCUGCUUUCCCCAG